AUGGGGCGAAUGCCUGGGGAGUGUUGGGUCACGCAACAGUGGCAUACAUCGCCCAGCAUUACCUUGCCCCAGAGACUGGCGCAGGGUCUCCUGGGCGAUUCCUCGGACGCGUACCUGGCCAACAUCGCCUCCUGGGCGGACCAGUAUCGGGCCACAGCAGCAGGCAAGUGGUCUGCGCCCUUCCACUUCAUCGAUGCGCAAGACAACCCGCCGAGCUCCUGCAACGUCGACUACGACCGCGACUGCGGCAGCUCCGGGUGCUCCAUCUCCGCCAUCGCCAACUACACGCAGCGCGUGGGCGACGGCCGCCUCAGCACCGCGCAGACGACCGAGGCGCUCAAGUUCCUGGUGCACUUCAUCGGCGACCUGACGCAGCCGCUGCACGACGAGGCGUACGAGGUCGGCGGCAACAAGAUCAAUGUCACGUUUGACGGGUACCAGGACAACCUGCACGCCGACUGGGACACGUACAUGCCGCAGAAGCUCAUCGGCGGCAAGGACCUGGCGCAUGCGCAGACCUGGGCGAACACGCUGGUGCAGGAUAUCGAGUCGGGGAGCUACAAGGCUCAGGCGCCGGACUGGAUCAAGGGCGACAAUGUUAGCGAUGUCAUCGGCACGGCUACGCGCUGGGCGACCGACGCAAACUCGUACGUCUGCUCCGUGGUCAUGCCAAACGGCGCUGCAGCCCUACAGAGCGGCGACCUGUACCCGGAUUACUACAACUCUGUGACUGCCACGAUCGAGCUGCAGAUUGCCAAGGGUGGCUACCGUCUUGGGCACUGGCUCAACACGGUCUACACGUCCAAGGUUGUCAAGAGAAGUGAGGGCCGGUUGCUGUCGGCACGGGAUACGCCGCUGCCGGACUUGACGGGUCGCGAUUUACUGCCGGAGCCGCGUCCUUUGAGUCGAGCAGAGUUAGCUAGAGCGGCCAUGUCCGGUUCAUGCUGCACUCAUUCGCAUUAG